AUGAAUGAAAACAAUGUGUCCUAUGUUUGGGACGGACAAUUUACAUCAGAGGACUUUGAAGCGGAAAUGGGAGUAAGGCAAGGAUGUGUGUUGAGUACUUUGCUGUUCAUUUUGUUUAUAAAUGACAUUGUCGAGGAAGUGGGAGGGGGUAUUGAGUUCGGAAGUUUACGAAUACCGUGCCUCAUUUUCGCUGACGACAUAGUUUUUCUGGCGGAAUCAGUUGACGGAAUGCAGCUCAUGAUCAACCGUCUGGAGCACUACUGUGAUCUUUGGAACCUGACUGUUAACCUUGGAAAGUCUAAAAUGAUGAUCUUCAGGGAUGGAGGUGGAAGAUACUCGAGAAACGAAAGGUGGACCUACAAGGGUCAGAAUUUGGAAAUUGUUCGAGAGUAUAAUUAUCUCGGUGUAUUGAUCUGUGCUAACCUUAACGUUAAAAAACAUUUCGAAACUAAAUUAGCCGAGGCAAAGAGAGCUAUUUCUUCAAUCUGGGGACGUUGUAUAGAGAGUAGGUUUGUGGACCAUAGCGCAAAGAUCCAGAUAUUUCGUGCCACUGCUUCUUCCAUCAUGUUGUAUGGUGCUCAAGUGUGGGGUUGCUGGCAGUUUGAUAUUGUUGAAAAGUUUCAAAGAUAUUUUCUUAAACGCAUUUUUCGGUUGACGGCCUGUACUCCAAAUUACAUGGUGCACCUUGAAACUACAAUGCCACCGUUAUUCUUAAAUACGCUAAAAUUACAUAUCGAUUUUAUAAUGAAGCUGCUGGAGAUGGAUGAAACAAGACUACCAAAAUUGAUCCUCAAGUCGGUAAUUAUUUUAAGAGGCAACCUCGUCAAAAAAUGGGAAGAAAUAGGCGUUGAGUGUGGAGAAAGGUUACAGAUUCAACCAGGUAUCGGACCCACUAUUCUGAGAAACAUGUUUCAAAAUUUACUGGGUGGUGUAGCGCGCUCAGCUUACAGUGGUUAUACCUUGGAAGCUCAAUCUUCGUAA